AAGCUUGUGCAUCAAAUCUGGCAACCUCUGCCCCAGUCAGCCCUUGAGUGAGUCAGGGCUCGCGCUGCUGCUGCUCCGGCUCGGGUUCCCGCGGGAUGGCUCGCGCUGAUGAGAGCUGAGAAGUUUCGGGGUGAGCGCGCGGCGUCCUGCGCCAUGGCCUCCACCAGCCUGCGUCCUCGGCUCGCGCGAACAGCUUUAAUGCACAAUGUAAGGCGUUUCAAAUGACCUUCCGCGCGCGUGUGUGAAGAAGUCGGCUUCAGUGCACGAGUGAGUUUGCUCAGAUUUAAGGAUGCACCCAAAGCGCGGAUUUUGCGCGUUUGGCUCGGCCUUUUGGCUCCCAGCUGUUCUCCUCACCCUGGUCGAGAGCGCAGACCCGAAUGUGCUGAAUGAAAUGACAGGUGGCUCUCGCGAAGGGCUUCUCCAGUAUGAGAUCGUUCACCCGCAGAGAGUGGAUCCAGAUGGAGUUUUUAUCUCGAACCUCGUGUCCUACCGUGUGAGCCGAGUCCGCCGGAGGCAGACUGUGGACGGCACAGACAGCGGCCUGCCUCAUGUUUUCUACUAUUUACAAUACAAUGGCGAGGACUUGUUAUUCAACCUCACUUUAAACCCACAUCUGCUAGCUCCUGGCUUUCUCACAGAAUGGCGAUACGGUGGUCUCCGUGGCUCCAGGUUACAUUCUCUCGGCAAUUCCCUUUGCUACUUCCUUGGAGAGGUUUGGAGUGACUCAGCUGCCAAAGGUCAAGCAGCUGUGAGCACCUGCGAUGGCUUGACAGGACUGUUUAAACUCUCAGAGGAAGAAUUUUUCAUCAGGCCGCUGGAACAGACACACGGAUCAGAAGAGCCACAGGCUCAUGUCAUUUACAAGCGACAUACUUCUGAGCACAACAGUCAGCUGGUGCAGCCGUUAUUCGAAGGAAAAACAUCCAACGGGACCUGCGGAGUCAAAGAUGUUCAGGAAAGAGCACAACGGGAAGAGAGACAGCGAGAACGCUGGGAGAGACGACAUCACCGGAGGAGACGACGCUCCAUCAGCAGGGAGAAAUGGGUGGAGACUCUUGUGGUGGCCGACCCAAAAAUGGUGGAGUACCAUGGCAAGAACGGAGUGGAGACCUACGUACUAGCUGUCAUGAACGUUGUUGCAGGACUGUUUCGGGACCCAAGCAUUGGAAAUACCAUCAACAUUGCAGUCGUGCGUCUCAUUCUGCUAGAACAAGAUGAGGAAGACUUGAAAAUCACUCACCAUGCAGAUAACAGCUUGAAUAGCUUCUGCAAAUGGCAAAAGCACUUGAAUAUAAAGGGAGAUGAACAUCCAGUCCAUCAUGACGUGGCUGUCCUACUUACAAGGAAAGACAUUUGUGCUUCCAUCAACAAGCCAUGCGAGACGCUGGGGCUCUCUCACGUAGCCGGAAUGUGUCAACCUCAUCGCAGCUGCAGCAUCAACGAGGACACGGGUCUGCCGCUAGCCUUCACCGUAGCACACGAGCUGGGACAUAACUUCGGGAUCGAACAUGACGGCAACGGCAAUAACUGCGAGCCGAUUGGGAAAAGGCCGUUCGUCAUGUCUCCUCAGCUCCUGUACGGAACAUCUCCACCCAACUGGUCGCGGUGCAGCCGCCAGUACAUCACACGCUUCCUCGAUCGAGGCUGGGGCUGGUGCCUGGACGACCCCCCUGGCAGAAACGAGCUGGCCGCUCAGCCUGUGCUACCUGGCGUUCUGUACAGCGCCGCCCACCAGUGCCGCCUCCAGUAUGGCUCCGGUUCGCAGCUCUGUGACGACAUGGACAACGUCUGCAGCACUCUGUGGUGCACCGUGGCUUCAACCUGUCACUCAAAACUGGAUGGAGCGGUGGAUGGCACCGACUGCGGUGAUGGCAAAUGGUGUUUGAAUGGCGAGUGCGUAUCAGCUGCAUCUCAGCCAGAGAAAGUGAACGGUGGAUGGGGACCAUGGAGCGAGUGGUCGUCCUGCACCAGGACGUGUGGAGCAGGAGUGCAGGACUCGCACAGAGACUGCGUCAAUCCAAUCCCGAAGAACGGAGGGAAAUACUGCCUCGGGGAGCGCCGCAGAUACAAGAUCUGUAACCACAAGCCGUGCGCUCAAGGCCAACCCAGCUUCAGAGCUAUCCAGUGCAGCAAGUUUAACAAUCUCCCUUAUAAGAGCAAAUUCUACCAAUGGAUACACGUCAAUAACCGAAUAAAUCCAUGUGAACUGCACUGCCGGCCAGUGAACGAGUAUUUCUCAGAUAAGAUGGUGGACGCAGUAAUUGACGGAACCCGGUGCUACGAGGGUAGCCAGAGUCGGGACAUGUGCAUUAAUGGAAUCUGUAAGAGCAUUGGUUGUGAUUAUGAGAUCGACUCUAAUGCAGUUGAGGAUCAUUGUGGAGUUUGUCAUGGCAACGGAUCCACUUGUGAAACCGUUAAGAAGACCUUUGAGAAGAGUGAAGGCCUGGGCUACGUAGACAUUGGCCUUAUUCCAGAAGGAGCACGGGACAUUCGUAUCGAGGAGGUGGCCGAAGCUGGGAACUUUCUGGCUUUACGCAGCAACAACCCCGAAAAGUAUUUUUUAAACGGUGACUGGACAAUCCAGUGGACUGGAGAGUUCAAGGCAGCAGGGACGGUGUUCACGUAUGAAAGAACGGGACAGCUAGAGAACCUGACUUCACCCGGACCAACCAUGGAGCCUGUGUGGAUUCAGCUGCUCUUUCAGGAGACUAACCCGGGCGUGAGGUACCAGUACACCAUCAAUAGAGAAGUGCUGACUCCAGAGUCCAGCAGUGGAAACUCUGUCUCUGAUUUCCAGUGGAAGCGUGGAGCAUGGACGGAAUGCAGCGCCACAUGUGGAACAGGUGUCAAGAGACAGGUCGUGCAUUGUGUCGAGCGGACAUUCGGAAUUGUCGAGGAGCAUUACUGCGAUGCGUCCACUCGGCCAGACGACAAUAGAGUGAGCUGCAAUGCUGGAUUAUGCCCGGCCACAUGGUGGACUGGAGAAUGGCAGAAAUGCUCGACAAGCUGUGGGGUAUCAGGCCUGACGAAGAGAACAGUGGUGUGUAUUCGGAGUUUGGGGCUGGAAAAACAUGAAGCCCUUCUUCCUUCUGAAUGCCAGCACUUGUCUAGGCCUGAGUCGAUCUCCCACUGCAACAGACACAUUUCCUGUCCUGCUGACUGGACUACAGGAAACUGGUCAGAGUGCUCCAUAAGCUGUUCGGGUGGUGUGCAGACCCGUGAGGUGACAUGCAGCUGGAACACCAUGGUUGACUGCGAUCCUCAAACCAAGCCUGAUUCAGUCAAGUCAUGUAAUGUUCAAGACUGCCCCAAAAACAUGGACAGUGACUGGUCUGGAAGUGGCUCAUCCAGCAGAGAAGUUUUCAACGAGAUAAACGCUAUAGUUGAAGACAGCCACUUACUAAAAUCGGCCAAGGGAGCUACUCGAGGUCAGCCACGCGAAGGCAAUACUCUUAACAGCAUAAACGAUGACUUUUCAUAUCACAAUGAAAUAGAAGCAGACAAGGCGAUUAAAAGCAACGUUCUAGUGGAUGACUUUUACUAUGAUUACAACUUCAUUAAGUUUCACGAGGAACUCUCGUAUGAUUUCGACAACGAUGGUGCAUCGGAUAACUCAGGAACUCAUUUGAAGCAGGAACCCAAACCCGGCCUUGACCCAGUUUACAGGGAAGAAGCAAAGCCUUCCACAGCUACCUCAUUUGCAAGCCAUACCACGGUCCCGCCAACCGCUUCCACUACAGAGAGUUCUCGUUUUGACCAGCCGGAUGAGAGCGCCUCCGAAGAUGAUUCAGAUUUUUCAGAGGACUACUUCUUACCUGUCGGUACAACAGCCAGGCCACGUUCUCCCAUUACCAGAUUCUCUCAGAAAUGGAAGGAGGUAAAUGUCCCAACUCAGGACUUCGACACUAAACAGAGCAUGUUACCAAACUAUGAGAUACCAUCUGAUGGGAAACCAACAUUAGAUGAUGCCAUAUCAAACAUUAAUACAAGAUCUGAGUCUGGCAAUGAUUAUAACAGAGAGAUUCAAACAGAUGAUGAUGCACCCAAAACUCCUGGAAGUCAAAAAGAGAAUAAGGGUCAAGAGGGUACAAACCAACAGGAAGAGUCACUACAACAAAAUCUCCAUGAUUAUGAGGAUACAUAUGAGUUGAAUAUGUUCCCAUUAAGUACAACCAUGGAUCCAUUGACCUCCCAGUUGAAUGCUGACAUCGCUACAAAGGCUGCAACGCCCAUGGAAACCCUCUCGAACCUAGAGCUCAGAAGGAUCACAACUCCGUCCCCUUUGCCUGCCUGGAUGGACAACGAUUAUGAUAAGUUCAUCACGCCUUUAUUUCCGUCGUUCGAAGAAUACACUUCUUCUGUUUCCUUAGCGUCUUCCGUUCCAUCUCAGGGUUCUAACAGUCAGCCACAAGCCAACUCUGAGCCUUUUACAGGGUUCCUACUCCCAUCUGCCUCAACCUCCUUCUGGAUCACCAGCAACUGGAGCUCUUGUUCUACCAGCUGUGGUCUUGGUGCCAUUUGGAGAUCUGUGCACUGCAGCACGGGGAAUGACUCUGACUGUGAUAUGGUGAAGAGGCCCUUACCGGCACGACGCUGCCACAUCCGGCCGUGCGCCAUAUGGAAGGCAGGAGAGUGGAGUAAGUGCUCGAAGAACUGUGGAGGAGGCCUGAAGGUGCGAGAGAUCCAGUGUUAUAACAUGCGGGAUCAGAGGCCACUGAGGCCUUUCCACUGCCAAGCCAUGUCUCUGAGACCCCACACCCACAUGUCCUGCAACCUUCAGCUGUGUCUGGACUGGUCUACCGCCCCAUGGGGACAGUGUUCAGAGCCAUGUGGUGAAGGAGAGCAGCAGAGGAUGAUCGCAUGUCCUGUAGAAGGGAAGUGUGAUGAGGCUCAGAAACCUGCCUCAAUACAGCAAUGCAACAGUCAGCCCUGUGCGCAGUGGGUCACCGGGUCCUGGGGUCAGUGCUCGGUGUCCUGCGGCGGAGGCGUACAGCACCGUCUGGUCAAGUGCGUAAACACCAAAGCAGAACUAGAGGAGGAAGACGAGAAAGACAAGGAGGCUCAGUGUGAUCAUGAGCCCUGGCCAGAAAACACACGCCAGUGUAACCUUGAGGACUGCGAUAGCGCCACGUCUGGUGAGGAAUGUUUACGGGACCGUCUGACGUUCCCCUUCUGCCAGAAGCUCCAGUGGCUUGGCCGAUGUCACCAGCUUGCGGUUCGAUCCCAGUGCUGCAAAACCUGUGAGCGUGAAGGACGCGGUAAUGAGCGAGCCACUCGCCGCUGAGACAGGAAGAGAAUCUGGGAGAACUUUUUUUUCUUUUCUUUUUACGUUAAACCAGAGGAAUUCGGACUUUUUUGUUGUUGUUUUUUAACACACACUCCUACUUACAUCACAUCUAUUGCAAGUCUUAAGAAAAAACAUUUGCCUUUACUGAGCUACAGGCAGUAAAUCAAGACUUAUUAGAUGUUGGAACACUAGUAGAGUUUUUAGUGAUGAAGCCCCCAGAUGACUAACAUAAGAUUUUAAAGAUUGUAACAAGUUUAGAAGUAGUGAUUCACUAAUUCUAGGAUAUAUAUA